CGGUUCAACCACAGCGUCAGAAAUGCCGAUAUGGAGGUGGACUACAAGCAGAACCACACAAAUCUCAAACGCAAAUUGAAAUUCAUGGUUUAUGAGUAGGAGUGUUUUCAGGAAGUGCUCAGAAGAUCCCAGAAGAAGCUGCUCAAAGUGUCCAGAGAUAAAAGUUUUCUGUUGGACCGAUUGUUACAGUACGAGCGGGUGGACGAGGACUCCUCAGAUUCUGAUGCCACAGCCUCUUCUGAGAACAAUGAAGGAGAGGGCACCAGGGAGAGGGAGAGAGACGGAGGAAAGAAGAGAAGUAGCCCUGGCAUAGGCCUUCCUUCAUCCUCCCAUCUCUCUCUCCUCUCUCGUUCUGGAGUGAACCCUCUCCAGUCGUCCGGCAGUACCCCGUACCUCAACACAUUGCCCUUCCCACCAGAGUAUUUGGCUCCACCAGCUGAGAGAAUGAAGAAAGAGAGAAAGACAAAGGCGCCCAAACACAAGAAAGAGACAUCGGGGAAAGUGAGAGGGGAGGAGGAGGAGAUCACAGAUGAGGGAACAGACAUGUGGCACGUAGGCUAUUGAGUUAGGGUCUAGAAGAGGGUGUUUCUACAGUAUAACUGCACUACAUAUGACAGGUUAGGUGCAGGCCUACAGUAGGCUAUAGGAAGGUCCAUAACAUUGUGGCAUCAUCAAUGAAGUAAUGUACUGCCAUAAUAUCCUGGACUCUUUUCAUUUCUAAUUCCUGACCAUUCAUUAAAGGGUUAUUCUUCCUCAGUAGACGAACUACAUCCCAGAUGGAACCCUAUUCUUGCCCCACAGAGCUUGGUCAAAACUAGUGCACUAUAAAGGAAAUAGGUGCAAUUUGGGACUCAGUCCAAGUCAUCUACCCUCUCUUUCUCCAUUGCACUCUCAUUCCAUCUUCC